AUCCCCUCUCCAUUUUUUCUGUAGAAAGACGGAUGCUUAAGCAUCCUUAAUCAUAUUAGACUAUUAAUAGAACGACAUCCAUGAUGUCAUACUCAUACAUAAGCCAUUAUCUUAAAUUCUAGUCGCAAACAUAGAAUGAAUGUGUGUCAAAACUAGGGCGGGCUAUUUGGUCCGGGUUUUUUGGUUUUACUUGAAAUCGGACCGUAUAACCCGGAUCGAUACCGGAUUGGGACCAGAUAGUAAACAAUCCAAUCCAAUCUUUGGGCAUAGAUUUGAGGUAAAAAACCGUUUGGGACCGGAUCGAAAACUGGAUAAAGACCGGAUAAGAGAGCUCAACACCCAAAACUUAAGGGUAAUUUGCAUAAACGGUCACAACCCUUCGCACUUAGUACAAAACUUAACCAACUCCUCACCCGUUUAGGCCUUAGGCCACUCAAAUCCCCACAAGCUCAAUAUAAAAUCAAGACCGAAUUGGGACCGAACCGGGUCAAGACCGGACUGUAUCCAAUCCAAUCUUUGGUCCUUAUAUUUUCAAAAAAACCGGACUGGACCGAAUCAAUUUGGGCCAGUUUAACCGGACCGGACCGUAUAGCCACCAUCGUCAAAACCAACAUCAUGACCCUUAAAAGGCCAAAAGAAAAAAAAAACAACUUCCCAAUCUAUAAGUAAUUAAGAAGUAGUCCAAUUCCCCCUCUCGCCUUUGUCUGUGUUUCUACAAUUCAAAAGGAAACCAUUUGGAAAACGGAGCAAAGAAGAAUGGUGACUUGACCUUCUCUGCCCAUUUGGAAAAAAAUGGCCAAGGCGGCAGGUCGGCUUGUGUUAAUCUUCCACAAAACAAGAUUAGUUUAACGAAUUAAGUAUGAUCUCUUUCUUUCUUUCUUUCUCCAUCUUUGCCGUUGUUGGAAAUUACUGAGUGGAAACGCCUUGCAUCAAUAGUGCGGGGAAGAGGCCAGGCUAGGCCAUAUAUAUAACAGAAUCAGCAUGUAAUGAGAAGAACAUAAUUAAGAAGAGCUAAUAGAUACUCAGAAUUUAAUUAAGCUAAACACCAUCAAUUACUAGCUGUCUAGUACUGUUUUGUCAUUAGAUGGAGGUUCAUUAUAGCCUGAAGAAACUAGGGAGCAUGAUGCUGCUUCUCCUUCUCAUCACUGCACCUUCUCUUGCAGCUGGUGGCAGAGGAAGCAGCUUCGAAGAGGGAGCUGCUGCUGCGACCCCCUCUUUCGAGGAGAAGACUAGUAGGGGAGGAGCAGUCCAUGAGAGGGCUCUGCAGGUGGCAAACACAAAUGACUAUGUAAAUUAUGAACCAACACCUACUUUCUCCAAGCCGCCACGGAAGGUCAUUCCGAAUUGAUCGAUCGUCUCCAAAACCAUCGUAUCAUCAUAUCACUCAUCAAAAUCAUCACCUACAUACCGAUCUAAAUCGAAGAAUAAGGCAUCGGAUCCUAUCGAAAGCAGCUGUAGCUGUAGCUGAUUUGUUGCAUUACUUCUCCUACUUCUGUUAUAAUAUAACUAUGGAUGCUUGUGCAAGUUUCGUGUAUCCUAAGCAAUCAUUUAAAUAAACAGAGUGUUCGUUU